GUAUAUAAACCAUGGUCUGACGUUUUGCAGAGUUGGGCAACCCCUACAUUGGCUUUGGUGAACAGGAUCUGAUCCCAAGGACUGUUACUUUGUUCCCUCAUACAGAUCAAAAAAGGUGCAAUCAUGACUAAGAAUUGCAACAAUGACUACAAGAUGAAAUUCCCUAUGGAGGAGGAGUACCCUGACCUCUCCCUGCACAACAACCACAUGUCCAAGAUACUCAACAAGGAUAUCUACAACAAGCUGAGGUCAAAGUCAACCCCAAGUGGCUUCACUCUGGAUGACUGCAUCCAGACUGGUGUGGACAACCCUGGCCACCCCUUCAUCAUGACCGUUGGCUGUGUUGCUGGUGAUGAGGAGUCCUAUGAGGUCUUCAAGGAUCUCUUUGACCCAAUCAUCUCCGACCGUCAUGGCGGCUACAAGCCCACAGACAAACACAAGACUGAUCUGAACUGGGAGAACCUGAAGGGUGGUGACGACCUUGACUCCAACUACGUCUUGAGCAGCCGUGUACGUACCGGCAGAAGCAUCAAGGGAUACACCCUGCCCCCACACAACAGCCGUGGUGAGCGCAGAGCUGUUGAGACGCUGUCCAUCGAGGCUCUGACCAGCCUGGAUGGUGAGUUCAAGGGCAAGUACUACCCCCUGAAGGACAUGACCGAUAAAGAGCAAGAACAGCUGAUUGCUGAUCACUUCCUUUUCGACAAGCCCAUCUCCCCACUGCUGCUGGCUGCCGGUAUGGCCCGCGACUGGCCAGACGCAAGAGGCAUCUGGCACAAUGACAACAAGACCUUCCUGGUCUGGGUGAACGAGGAGGACCACCUGCGUGUCAUUUCCAUGCAGAAGGGUGGCAACAUGAAGGAGGUCUUCAAGAGGUUCUGCACAGGUCUGCAGAAGAUCGAGACGAUCUUCAAGAAGCACAACCACGGAUUUAUGUGGAAUGAGCAUCUUGGCUUCGUCCUGACCUGCCCCUCUAACCUGGGCACUGGUCUCCGUGGUGGUGUGCACGUCAAGCUGCCCAAGCUCAGCACACACGCCAAAUUCGAGGAGAUCCUGACCAGGCUCCGCCUGCAGAAACGUGGAACAGGUGGUGUGGACACUGCCUCUGUCGGCGGUGUGUUCGACAUCUCCAACGCUGACCGUCUGGGUUCAUCUGAAGUUGAGCAGGCGCAGCUCGUGGUUGACGGUGUGAAGCUCAUGGUCGAGAUGGAGAAGAAGCUGGAGAAGGGCGAGUCCAUCGACGGCAUGAUCCCCGCCCAGAAGUAAAGUGGAAGCAGUGUUUUUUGUAUUUGUUCCCUUUGCCAUCAAAGGAGCAAUCAAGCAGGAGAAAUGAUCUUGCUUGAUGUUUUUUAAGAGACACUUGAUCCUGCUCCCUCUUUCAUACUUCAAAUUCUCUCUUUCUUUCUCUUUUUACGGUUGCCAUCUUUCCCAUUUCGCUGUAACAUCCUGGGAUCAAAUUGCCGCAUAGCCUGGGGAAACUCUGACUAUGCCGUCUUCACCUUUGUUUUGGUUGUACAAAGUAAUAAAAAAGCCCAAUGUAACAAUCAA